CUAAUUCAUGCAGCGAUCUGCCCAUCUCUAAUUCACGCCAAGCUGUUGAAUUGCAUAUAUUUUUUAUUGCUUAAAUUUGUAACAUAGGAAGCAACUUGAGAAGGUAAACAACGAAAGGAAAGUGCGGAAACAAUGGCACUAGCCAUACAAAAACCCCAAUCGUUCAUUGAGACGAUUGUUGGCGUGCCGCCGCUGAAAAAGUUGCGGCUACAAGCGACGGCAGCGCCAGCGACGAAACCGAAGGCAAAAGUUGAAAAGAAACUGCAAGUAUUAGCUCUACUAGAUCCAUAUCUGCCCGCCAGUAACAGCGUGACCAGCAGCAGUGGCAACAGCAGCAGUACCACAAUCCCAGCAACCGUAACUGUUCCAACCACAAAUACAGUGGCAUCCGCAGGAACAGUGACAGUCACAGGAACAGGAACAGUCACAUCCACAGCGACAACGUCAUCGACAGUUACAACUGCAAUUAAUGGCACGUGCCAGACGAAGGAGUUGCUUGAGGUGCUGGUGAAGAUCACCGAUGAGAUUGCCUACGAGAAUGUGCAAAUAGCAGAGCUGAAGGAUGCUGCCACCAAGAUCCAUCAGCUGUAUCAGCUGCAGGAGCGAGAUAGCGACACUUCCGUCCGUGUUAAAUUGCUGGAGUUGCUGUCGGGAUUGGGAUGUGAGUGCAGCACGGAGGAGGGCAUCAUACUGAUCAUUGACUACUUCAUUUACCUGCUGCGCAAGGAGACCUCACAGAAGGUGCUCGCCCAGGGCAUGAUGUGUCUCUAUCGCAUUGGCCAGCAACGUCGCCAGCUGGUUCCCUUGGCCUACAACACGCAGGUGGCGCAUCUGGCCAAGGAGCAGCUGCGCAGUGGAUCAACGCAUACGCAAAAGAAUGCCAUGCUGGUCAUUGGACGCUUUGCCACCUGUCACGAGAGCGAGCGCCAAUAUGUGUGGAAGCUGGCGUUCUAUAUUGAUUCUCAGGAUUCGGGAGUGCGCGCCCAGGCGCUCCAUGCACUCCUCACGCUCGGCGAGAGAGGCGCCCACUUGCCGCCCGUGCUCUAUAAGCGUGCCGUUGAGGCGAUGAAGGAUGACUACGAGUGUGUGCGCAAGGAGGCACUGCGUCUGGUCCACAUGCUGGGCAACCGGCAUCCGGACUAUGUCAUCAACAUGGAGCGACAGCACGAGGAUAUUCGUAUGAUCGAUGCCGCCUUCAGCAAGGUGUGCGAGGCACUCUGCGAUCUCUCGCUGCAGAUUCGCGUCCUGGCCGCCGACCUGCUCGGCAGCAUGACGCACGUGAGCAGCGAGUUCCUCAACCAGACGCUCGACAAGAAGCUGAUGAGCAAUCUGCGACGCAAGCGCAAUGCCCACGAGCGUGGAGCGCGUCUCGUCACCAGCGGCGAGUGGUCAUCCGGCAAACGCUGGGCGGAUGAUGCACCACAGGAGCAUCUGGAUGCACGCACUAUAUCCCUGAUAGCCAGCGGUGCCUGCGGUGCCCUCAUCCAUGGACUAGAGGAUGAGUUCCUGGAGGUGCGCACUGCGGCCGUUGGUUCCAUGUGCAAGCUGGCCAUGUCCCGGCCGGAGUUUGCCGUUACCAGCUUGGACUUUCUGGUGGACAUGUUCAACGACGAGAUUGAGGAUGUGCGCCUCAAGGCCAUCUACAGUCUGACGGCCAUUGCCCGUCACAUUGUGCUGCGUGAGGAUCAGCUGGAGAUAAUGCUGGGCUCCCUCGAGGAUUACUCGGUGGAUGUGCGAGAGGGACUGCAUCUAAUGCUCGGCGCCUGUCGCGUCUCCACACAAACCUGCCUGCUCAUGGUCGUCCAGAAGCUGCUCGAUGUUCUGUCCAAGUAUCCGCAGGAUCGUCACUCCACAUACGCCUGUAUGCGCAAGAUUGGCCAAAAGCAUCCGCAUCUGGUGAUGGCCGUCACCGGUCAUCUGCUCUAUGUGCAUCCGUUCUUCGAGACACCGGAACGGGAUGUCGAGGAUCCGGCCUAUCUGUGCGUCCUCAUCCUCGUCUUCAAUGCCGCCGAGCAUCUGGUGCCCAUCAUCAGUCUCCUGCCCACGGCGACGCAUCGUCAUUACGCCUAUCUACGUGACUCCAUGCCCAAGCUGGUGCCCCAGCUGCCCAUCGAGGGUGCCUCCUCCUCGUCGACAACGAAGCGCAUCGACGAUGCCCUCCAAGCGGCCGGCAGCUCAGCCGAAUAUCUGCAAAUGAUCCUCAAUCACAUCGGCGAGAUAUUUACCAAGACCGAUGAGCGCGUUGAGCUCCUCAAGACGGCACAAUCCAACCUGCAGCGUUUGGGCGCCAUCGACUCGGAUAUGUAUGGACCAUCGAAUUUCCUGGAGACCUUUCUCUCGGCCCAGAUCCAGAUCGAGCAGAUGCAACGAUGUGCCAGCACCCAGCGAAGUCGUGUGCCGCUCAAGGAAUCGCUGGCGGAACUGAUACGCAACUGCCUCAAGUUGCAGCACACGUUCUCCGGUCUCAAUUACGGUGACAUUCUGCAGGUGAAGCAACUCCGUCUGCGGGCAAGUGCCUUGCAUCUGGUUCUCGUGGUUCGCGACAGAUCGCAGAGUGCGUUGGGUCCCUGCCAGAUGCUGUUGCAGACAGCGGGCGACAUAAGCGCCUUUAUGCGCACUCGUACCACCAGCACCGGAUUUGGGGAGAAGCCAGAGCCGGCGCCGGUGCCGGUGUCGGUGCAGGCGGAGGAGGAUGUCAAGUUGAAGCUGAAGCCGCAAUUGCAACCGCAGCCGGGGCAAGCGGAACCGGAUAGUUUUACGCGUUCGCUGCUGUCCAAGCUGGAUGCAAUUGCAGAUCCGAAACCGGGACGUGUGUUUCGCGAGAUUCUGCCAUUGGUGCAGCAUGCACCACCGUUGUCGUUGCCACCGGCCAAUGAGAAGAUACGGCGUUGCAUGGCCAACAUAUUGGAGCCAUGUCCAUUGCAAUCCCAAGAUAAUGUCAUCAAGGUGACAGCCGGUUUAAUUGCCGCUGUGCCGUUUGUUGCCGAGAUUGACAAUCUGCUGGAGUCACAAAAGGCGGAUAUGCGCAUCAAGAUCAAGUAUCCCGAUCAGCACAUGCACACCGUCGUGCCCAAAAUGACAGACUUCAAGCCCAUCAUGACGGAACAGGGGGAGCACGAGACGAACGUAAGAUUGCGGACAACGAUCCUGUUAUCGCACAGCGUCUGGACGGAGGCAUCUCUGGUGGAGAUCCAACUGUGCCUGGCCGUGCGACCCGGCAGCGAGCUGGAGCUCUGCAAGCCGGCCAAGGUCAUAUUUGCCCCAAAGCCGGUGAGGCGAGGUAUUUAGCUAGCUGACCAAGUUGUCAAAUUGUCUAAGCCAAUCACCAAUCGGGGUAACGGUGCUAUACGCGUCAAUUGACAGAGUGUACAUUGUUAAAUACACACAUACAAAUACAGAUUAAAUCAUAUUUUCUUAAAAAUAAGUUUAGUUUAAAAUAUAACGCCUUUCAAAUUUGAAACAUUGUUGCACUUUUAUAAAUCGAUUUGCGGCUAUGUAACCUAAAAUAAUCGAUUGGCGGUUCGAUACACCAAAAUGAUGCAACUAUUUUUAUUUAAAGUGGUCACAUUAAAAUCGAUAUAAAUGUAAAUAUAAUAAUCUAGACUUUUUUGUCAAAACCAAUUUGCAAAUAAAUAAAUAAUUUUUUCGCAAGUGUUUGUUUUGUAGCCAUUAUGUGUAAAAUGUAUGAAAUAAAAAGUAGCUAAAUUGAAGACAGACCGAAUGCAACCUGCAGCAACUGCAAAUACAACUAUAACAACAAACAGAAAAACUAAA